AUGGAGACCAGCGUAUACGCUUUCAGGACUGACAUAGAAGUGUAUAGAACAGAGGCGUUUUUAUCGAGCGGCCAAUUACCCAUAUCACACAUCGUGGCACUGGUCGGAGAUUCCGCCUAUCUUCCCUGCGACAUAUCAACCACUCACGAGGGGGACUCCGUGCAUCUUGUGCUCUGGUAUCGCGAGGAUCUUGGUACAUCAGUUUACAGCAUCGACGCCAGGAACCGGGAAUUUGGGGUCGCUGAAAGAUGGUCGGACAACAGCGUAUUCUCGAAUCGCGCCUAUUUCAUGCUGGACAAGCAACCGGCGCAACUAGGCGUCGAGAACACGAGAGAAGAGGACGCCGGUAUCUACAGGUGUCGUGUCGAUUUUCAAAUUGGCCAGACGAGAAACUCCAAAGUCAAUUUAACGGUUAUUGGUAAACCGGCCCCAAUGGUGUCUUGGUAUCGCAAUGAUAGAUUCGUCACCAAUCGGACCACAACGCCAAACAGCGGUGUGACACGCAGCGAGAUCGUUGUACAGAACUUAAGCCGGGACGACGUUUACUCGGUGCUGACCUGCAACGCCACGAACAACAAUAGGUCGAUUCCGCUGUCGUCAUCAGUUCGCGUGGACAUGCGUUUCAAACCCUUGGAAGUGAAAAUAAUUGAUGGAAACCGACCGCUAUCGGCGGGCAAGAAAUACGACCUGGUAUGCACAACUUCCGGUUCCAAACCACCAGCUAGCGUCACCUGGCGGAGAAACGGUCAACGCUUAUUGGAUUCCAAGGAGACCACCUCCGUCGAUGGGAACACGACCACCAGCGUUUUAUCUUUCAUGACGACGAAAGCAGACGCAGGCAGACGCUUGUCGUGUCAAGCUGAAAAUCAAAUCAUGGGAACCUUGCCGAUAGAGGACGAAUGGGUACUCCAGAUACAAUAUACGCCAGAGACGCAGAUCCAGCUCGGCACGUCGCUGAAUCCUAACACCAUACGCGAGGGCACGGACGUCUACUUCGACUGUCUCAUACAGGCCGAGCCGUCGGUGUACAAGGUGGAAUGGCGACAUCAGGGCAAGGCACUCCAUCACAACAUCACGCAAGGCAUCAUAAUCAGCAACCAGAGUUUAGUGCUGCAGGGAGUUGAUCGUAAAAGCGCUGGCAAUUACACGUGCGUGGGAUACAAUACUGAGGGUGACGGCGAAAGCUCGCCCUUUUAUCUGAACGUGAUGUUCGCCCCUACGUGCAAGCCAAAUCAGACGAAGGUCCACGGUGUAGCGAAACAGGAGAAGGCGAAUAUAUCCUGCCAAGUGGAUGCAAAUCCGCCGGAAGUGCAAUUCAAGUGGACCUUCAAUAACUCCGCCGAGAGUAUCGACGUUGCGGCCGGCCAUAUCGCGCGAGCUGGCACAUCCUCCAUCGUCUCAUACACACCAAUGACGGAAUUAGAUUACGGAACGUUACUCUGCUGGGCCAGCAAUCACAUCGGGCAACAACAAGUGCCCUGUGUAUAUCACAUUAUACCGGCGGGCCGCCCAGACAUGGUUCACAAUUGCACGACCUCGAACACGUCGACCAACUCGUUUUCCGUGCGGUGCACGGAGGGCUUCAACGGCGGCCUGCCGCAAUCCUUUCUGCUGGAGGUGCGCGAGAGCAACAGCCAGGAGUUGCGUGCCAAUCUGACGUCGCCGGUGCCGCGCUUCAGCGUCACUCACUUGGAGUCCGGCGCCCUUUAUCAGGCCUGCAUUUACGCCUACAACGACAAGGGUCGUAGCGAGGCAAUGGUAGUGCAGGCCGGCACUUUAAGGCUACCGGAAAAACAAUUGACGUCCGAGUCAGAACGACCGAGGCAACACGACAACCUGACGCCGAUGCUGAGCGUGACGAUCGGCGUUGUGAUGGCCCUCAUUAUCGUCGCGGUUAUAGUGAUGGUCGUCUUACGAAUUCAGCACACGCACGUAGAGGAGCAGAACAAGUCACAGAUGGAGGAUCAUGCGAAGCAGACGAAGGCCGUUCCCAUACAGAGGGAACUACGAUUCCGAGAGGGAUGCAGUUUGCUCGCGGACGAGAAGCAUCCCAGCAGCCCGUUCAGAAAGCUGGAAACCAGCGGCGAUCUCAGUGAAAGCGACGAGAAGAAUCCUGACAUUAUUCCACAGCAAAUUACUGGUGAUGAGCCGUCGGAAUAUUUAAGGAAGAGACGUCUGGUAUCAACGAUCGAGACGUCACCAUCAAGAAGCCUUCUGGAGCACUCAACGGUGACUUCCAUCAGCGGACACAGCAGUUACGUCGGAUAUUGCACGAUCCGCAAUGGCAUGCCACUGCACGAGUUCUCCAACUUGUCAACGAAGCACAAAAGCUUUCAGCCGAUGGUGGGCGACGUCUAUGAGAGCGGUAUGUGUACCCUACCCAGGCAACAUUGGCCGAGCCAAAGCGUUCAAUCGAUGUCGAUGACAAUGAGUCCUCCGAUAUUGUACGCCGGUCUAGGCGUCGUCACCAGGACCUGUCCGAGCGGCACACUGCCGACGAAGGACUGUGAGACACGAGUGCCCGGCCAGUGUUGUCCAGCGAUCCAGACGCAGAAGGACGCGACGAUAGGCACGCCAGUAGUGAUGGCCAAGAGGGAGAGCUCUGUGUGACCCUACACCCACCACGGGGCCUGCACCUGCAGCGUGAGCGAGUUGCUGUGAAUCACGCCGUUGUCAAUCGCGAGAUAGCCGCGGAUCCUGGAUGACACGAGCGCCCAGGAAACGUUCGGGAGAUGUCUACAGGGGGAAGUUUUCUUUUACCAAACUGGAAUAUCCCUCCGACGUCGCUUGUGUCGUCCGGAACGCUUUGGGCGUGCGAGCCGGUUUGAGUUCGACAGAUUCAUGUUUCCACUCUAUGACAAACGUCACGAUUUGCGUCUCUCUGUUGAAUCAAGUGCCCUUUUUACACUGAAAAACGACGAACAUCCCGACCGGCUGAUCUGCCGGCUUCUCUCAUCUCGUGUGCGUAGCCUCGUGAUCGAGCCCCGGUGGAACCAAGACGGGCACCUUAUAUGGUGGAGAGAAAGAGAGAGAGAGAGAGAGAGAGAGAGAGAGAGAGAGAGAGAGAGAGAGAGAGAGAGAGAGAGAGAGAGCAUACGAAAAUGUGCGUGUGCGCGAGCUCACCAGCUUGCCGCACAUACUCCUGUAUAUACCUCGAGACACGGAAGAUAUUUUGUACGAGUCGCGUAUAUUAACGAUUUAUUCCCACUUUUACUAUGAACACAACACUGUACAAUUUGUCUAGUCGAUGUAAGUAUAAAUAUGUAUAUGCGUUAAAGUCGUCGGGGAGGCGUCAGACCAGAAUAACGUACACUGAGGGGGAUGAUCAUCACCGUCGCGUCACGCGGGUCACGCCGCACGCGCGAUAUAAUUAUUUAUAACGUUGACAAUGCGUAAAUGCGAAAUAGCGGGACUCUCGCAGGUACGGGAGAGAGAACUGAGUGAGGGGGGGGGGAAGGGGAGAGGCAAAGUUGUCAGAGACAUAUCGUUUGUAUCUCCAUCCGCGGGGAUCGAGUACGAGACGAGGCGUACGAAGAGCAGCGAAGUAAUGAGACGAAAGACGAAGAAAGAGGAAAGAAUGAUGAAGACGAAGAAAAAAAUAAAAUAAAUAUCCCCGUUGCGCUUUCGUCUCAGUCUGCAGGAUUCUGGAUUUCACCGUAAUAUUAAGUAUCUCUUGUACAAUGUAUAAAGUAACGACUUCCUCUUCGAAGUAAAUGUACCGAGUAUGAUGAACGUUGUUUUUUCAAAGUCUUGAAUCUUACUCUAUAUAGAGAGAUGCCCCCAAUUAAAAAAAAAAAAAAA